UAGCCAUUAACCUGGUGACUGCACUCCCUCAGCUGGGUAUAAAAGGGGACAUGUGGCAAGGAGACUCCCAGACUUAAGAAGCUCACUCUUCUGGAAACCCACCUAGAUCCUCCACCCUCAGACACCAUGGUCAGCUCCUGUUGUGGCUCCAUCUGCUCUAACCGGGGCUGUGGCCGAGGUCUCUGCCAGGAGACCUGCUGCCGCCCAGUCUGCUGCCGGACCACCUGCCGCCCCAGCUGUCCUGUGCCCAGCUGCUGCCGUCCAGUCCGUUGCCAGACCACCUGCCGCCCCAGCUGCUGGCAGACCACCUGCCGCCCCAGCUGUCCUGUGUCCAGCUGCUGCCGUCCAGUCUGCUGCCGGACCACCUGCUGCCGCCCAGUCUGCUGCCAGACCACCUGCCGCCCCAGCUGUCCUGUGUCCAGCUGCUGCCGUCCAGUCCGUUGCCAGACCACCUGCCGCCCCAGCUGCUGGCAGACCACCUGCCGCCCCAGCUGUCCUGUGUCCAGCUGCUGCCGUCCAGUCUGCUGCCAGACCACCUGCUGCCGUACAACUUGCUUCCGCCCCCGCUGUGGUGGAUUCUCUUGCUGAACUCAUACUUGACUAUCAACCAUGAGCCAGCCACCAUCACAUCCGUGUGAAAGUGUCUUUCAUUUUAACUUUUCCAUGUUAUAAGUGACAACCAGCUUUAUCAUUCUGUGAUCUACCAAGCCCCAGGUUCAAGCACCCCCAUCUGCAUUCAAUACCAUUCCUGCCUCCCCCAGAUCCCUUCCCUGUAUUUAGCCUCAUGUGCACAAUGCAGUUGGACUAAACCCCCAGUUCGCCGACU